AAUCACAGCACUCAAAAGCCCGGCACUGAGGAGGACAGCUGCAGCUCCGCUCAGCCCAGGUCCUGGCUCCUGCUGUGGGAAGGAACCCUUGCCCCUCACCAUGGCUUCCCUGGGGCAGAUCAUCUUCUGGAGUAUUAUUAGCAUCAUCAUUAUUCUGGCUGGAGCAAUUGCCCUCAUCAUUGGCUUUGGUAUUUCAGGGAAACAUUCCAUCACAGUCACUACUUUUACCUCGGCUGGGAACAUCGGAGAGGACGGAAUCCUGAGCUGCACUUUUGAACCUGAUAUCAAACUUAACGACAUCGUGAUACAGUGGCUGAAGGAAGGCGUGACGGGUUUGGUCCACGAGUUCAAAAAAGGCAAAGAUGACCUGUCAGACCAGCAUGAGAUGUUCAGAGGCCGCACAGCGGUGUUUGCUGAUCAGGUGGUAGUUGGCAACGCUUCUCUGAAACUGAAAAACGUGCAACUCACAGAUGCUGGCACCUACCGGUGUUACAUCACCACUUCUAAAGGGAAAGGCAAUGCUAACCUGGAGUACAGAACUGGAGCAUUCAGCAUGCCAGUGGUGAACGUUGACAGCAAUGCCAGUUCAGAGCGCCUGCGCUGUGAAGCUCCUAGAUGGUUCCCACAGCCCACAGUGGCUUGGUCAUCCCAAGUUGACCAGGGAGCUACCUUUUCACAAGCCUGCAACACCAGCUUUGAGCUGAACUCUGAGAACGUGACUGUGAAGGUCGUGUCCGUGCUCUACAAUGUCACAGUCAACAACACCUACUCCUGCAUGAUUGAAAACCACCUUGCCAAAGCCACAGGGGACAUUAAAGUGACAGAUUCUGAGAUCAAAAGGCGAAGUCAUCUAGAACUGCUGGACUCAAAGGCUUCCUUGUGUGUCUCUUCUUUCUUUGUCAUUAGCGGGGCACUCCUGCCUCUCUUCCCUUGCCUGAUGCUAAGCUAAUGUGCUCUGACCAUCCCAAAACAUGUGAAGCUACUGGCAUAACAGAAUGCUGGGAAUCUUCAGAACUGUUUUACUUCAAGAUAUGACCUCCUCCUGUAUUUCUAGGGGGAAAUGAAUUCAUAUGUAGAAGUCUGGCGUAAACAAACAAGAAUAAGAAAAAGAAGAUAAAAACAACCUCUAGAAGACUGCAACAUGAACCAAAUACAUCUAACUUCAAAGACAUAUGUUAAAGGUUGGGGAAAAAAAUCAUUCACCUGAACAAGGGAAAUGUGUUAAGACUGCAUGUGAAGAUAAGUAUACUCCCAUCUCUCAGGGGCCUCCCCUUAUCCGUCAACUCCUGGGGAGUGAGAAUGGGACAUCGUAUCUCUGAAUCCUUAGUGAUACAUGUUAUAAUGCUGCUCUGGAAAGUGUUUGGAAAGUUUCAAUCACCACACGCUCCUGUCUUAUAGUCUGCAAAUUACUCUGUAGUGUAUGCUUUAAGAAGCUGCCGAUCACAGCUCGGCAUGGUGGUGCACACCUGUAAUCCCAGUACUUGGGAGGCUGAGGCAGGAGGAGAGUUGCGAGUUCAAGGCCAGCCUGAACUGCACAGCAAGACCCUGUCUCAAGAAAAAGAAAAGAAGAAGCUGCAAGUCAGCUGCCACUUAACAACUCAGUGGCUGCGUUUUUAGUGAAGGUUCCAAUGAUUCACUUCUCAUUAUGCUUUCAGUCGGACCUUGGCUUCUUCAAUCUGAGAAAUGCCAAAGAUGAGGAAUCCAAUCAUAAGUUUAGACUGAACAAAGUAGUUGGGCGGCACUGAUUUUCUAAAUCAGAUGAGCACUUUUUUGGAACAAAGAAAUGCCAUCUUAUUUCUCAAGUUAUGUUGCUCUGUGAGUGACACAGGGCCGGACCUCUCCCCUCACUAUGUUCUACUUUCUUCCUGUGAACAGUAACGACCUCAGCUUUUACCCGCGUCUAGAGCAGCAGCGGUGAACCCUUUGGGAUGCUGCAGCAGGCUGUGUGUAUCACUGAAAACCCUACAUGUUCAUCAUCGCUGACCUAGAGGAGCAGUCAACUGGGGUGAUUGUAGCUCCCCUCUGGUCUCCCAGGAGAGACUUGUCAACAUCUGAAGACAGUUGUAGUUGUCAAACCCACAAGAAACAGAGGACUUUUGUGUUGGUGGCUCCAAGAAGGUAGAGUUCAGGGAUGCUGCUCUUCACCCCACAAUGCAUAAGGCAUUGCCCACAACAAGGAGCUGUGCAGUCCCAAAUGUCAAUCAUGCCAAAGUUAAGAAACUCUGACUCAGAGUAGAAAGGAAGAGAGCAAACAAAUCUUGCUUCCUAAAAAGUGGGCACUGGCUUCUCUUUGCCUAAUGCCUCAGCACAGAGAGCUGGAUCUAUGUGAGGAGACCAGGAUGACGUCUCUCACUCAACAGAGCCUACAGGAUGUGGGGAGUUCUUCAUGUUAUCUUCAGUUCACUGAGCUUCCAUGUUCUUUCCCUUCAUCCUACCUUGCAAACUAAGUUCCACAAGAAAGCUAAGUCCCAUCUCAACCUCUCUCACUUUGAAUUUUACAUCUCAGAACACCGCUUGGGCAAAAUGUAAAUUAAGGCCACAAACAUGUCCCUUCCUAGAGACAUACUGAGCCUGCUGAGCUUUUCCUUAUGGUGCAGAGUAUCAAACCCAGGGCUUUGUGAAUGUUAGGCAAGUGCUCUAUACACUGAGAUACACCCAGCCCACAAAGAGAAUUCUGAAAGAAGUUGGGAGGAUGACCGUUGGACAUACAGCCUUGAGGAGCAAAGCUUUGAUGAAAAACAAUGUGCUGUGUCCCGCAUCUUUCCCACACUUUUCAUGCACAUAUUGCCUCACCGGCACUUGGGACUGCCAUGACUGUAUUAUAUUUUGUUAUAGAAAACUUCAUUUUAGAGUU